AUGGCCACCAUCGCACCCGACGACCACAAAGCUUACAUGCGCCUCGCCCUCGAGCAGGCACGCAAAUCGCCCCCGAAGCCCACCAAUUACCGCGUGGGCGCAGUGGUCAUAGACACCGCAACUAACAAGAUCCUCGCAACCGGCUUCACACUCGAGCUUCCUGGCAACACGCACGCCGAGCAGACAUGUUUUCUUAAGCUGGCCGAAGAGUACCAGGUGGACGAAGAGAAUCUCCGCGAUGCUCCAUCUCUCCCGCGGCAGUUAGCCUUAUACACCACCGUUGAACCUUGCUCGAAGCGACUGAGCGGGAAUCUGCCUUGCGUUGAGCGAGUCCUACGUUUAGCGGGGCUGAUCCGGACCGUGUACGUCGGCGUCAUGGAGCCUGAGACGUUUGUCGCCAAGAACACGGGGAAGAAAAGCCUCGAGGACGCAGGAAUAACGGUUGUCCAUGUGGCGGGGCUGGAGGAGGAGAUCUUGGAGGUCGCUACGGCUGGACACGUCAAGGGGUGA